AUGGAGGAGCCAUGCCAGAAUUGGUUCUCUGAUAUGGAAAUACAAGAUGUUGAUUUCCUUAAUCAACACCAUAAGAUUGUUUCAUUGGGUGAUGAAGAUCAGAUCUUUCGAGAGAUCAUGCAUCGGCCAGCUUUCUCUUCUGAAAGCGAAAGUCACUCUCCUACCAAUCAAAAUAAAUCCGCAGCCGCUCUUGAAGGUGGCAACGGCUCAACCGUGGCCAAAAACAGCCGUGACAAUAACUUGAUGAUGAAGGACAACAACAGCUCCAACAACUUCAUCUUCUCUCAACAUGCACUGGAGAAACCAGCCAAUGCUACCUCUCCAACGGCUUAUAUUCUGUCCUUCGGUGACUCCACCGUAGUAGCAGCUACCCGCCACCAAACCUACGGCGGAAACCAGCCCUACCACGAGCAAGUAGGUUUCUCUGGUGGUGGCACAUGUCCUCCUCCCUCUAAAGGGAUCUCAGAAAAACUUGACUUAGAACCAAGGGUCAACCAAACAACAAGGAAGACUAGAAGCUCUGCAGAGACACUAGACCACAUAAUGGCAGAGAGAAAAAGGAGACGUGAACUCACAGAGAGGUUCAUUGCACUUUCAGCCACUAUACCUGGCUUGAAGAAGAUUGACAAGGCAACUAUACUUAGCGAAGCAAUCAUUCAUGUGAAACGACUUAAAGAACGUGUAAGAGAGCUAGAAGAACAAAGCAAGAAGACAAGAGUAGAGUCAGUGUCAUUCAUUCAGAAAUCCCACCUCUCAACUGAAAAUAAAGGCACCACCCUCUCUGGUGCAAUGAACAGUACUGAUGAUUGCUAUAGAACCAAUGAAGCACUCCCUACAGUUGAAGCAAGAGUCUUUAAAAAGGACGUGCUCCUAAGGAUUCACUGCAAGAUACAAAGUGGCAUUUUGCUCAAAAUUUUGGCCCAUCUUAAAAGUCUUGAUCUCUCCACAAUCAGCAACAGCGUCUUGCCAUUUGGGAGUUCUACUCUUGACAUCAGCAUUGUUGCUCAGAUGGGUGACAAAUUCAGUGUAGCAAUGGAUGAUCUAGUAACAAACCUUAGAUUAGCCCUCUUGGAAUCAUCUGAAGUACAAAGUGAUCCAUGCUAG